ACAAGCGUUUGUAGCUGAGCUCCCAUUAGAAUCCAGACCUUUUUUUCCCUCCCCCUUCCUUCCGCCUUCAUUCUUGCUUUCCUGAACGUUUUUUGGGGGGGUCUCUGCCUCCCGGUGCCACGAUCCCAACUCCGAUGAGUUCCGUUAUCACAAGCGACCUCCUCGAAGCUGCCAUUCCAGCACCUGUCUGGCUAGGGAUCGGGGGAGAGUAUCCGAAGGAGCAGGCAGCGAAAAGGCGAUAGCAGGCUCUGAAAGAACCGCAGAUCUCCAGAGAGAGAGAGGGAGAGGGAGAGGGAGAGAGACAGAUAGACAGACCGAAAGAGGCAGAGAGGAGACACACACACACACACACACACACACACCCAGCAGCCAGGCAGGGAGCCGUGUGCGCGCGUGUGUGUGUGCGUGCGUGCGCGCGCGUGGAAAGUGGCCGUUUCCUCCACGGACGGAAUGCUGCUCUUGCGGAGAAUUGGUCUCCUGCUGGUCUUCGUGGGCGCUCUGCUGCUCUCCUGCGGGCUGGCUUGUGGACCGGGCAGGGGCUUCGGCAAGAGGCGGCACCCGAAGAAGCUGACCCCUUUAGCCUACAAGCAGUUCAUUCCCAACGUGGCAGAGAAGACGCUGGGCGCCAGUGGAAGGUACGAAGGCAAGAUCAGCCGCAACUCGGAGCGCUUUAAAGAGCUCACCCCCAAUUACAACCCUGACAUUAUUUUUAAGGAUGAAGAGAACACGGGAGCCGACAGGCUGAUGACACAGGUCAGAAAAAAAACGAUACACCCUUCCGCUUCUUCUCGUUCAGACGUUCGCGCUUUGUGUGUGCGUGUAUGCGGGGCGGGGCGGGGAGAGGUGGGGAGGGGGGACCCCCUGAGUUUAAGCGUCCUCUCCUUCAAGGCAUCCCGGCAUCCUCCUCCCAUCCUCCCCUUUCCUCGUCCUUAGCUCUGUUUUCUCAAUGGGUCUCCAUAAGUUUGCAAGAGAAAGGUGGGCGGGUGGGCGCCUCUACCUGUCUGCCUAUCUGUGUGCAUUUAUUCCUUCUCCUGGGCUGUGACCAGGGAGGCUGGAGAGAGGGGGAGCGCGCGCGUGUGAAUGGUGUGAUAGUUGCAGGGAGAACCACGCUAUGCCCUUCUCUGGGAGUUGGUUGGUUAGCUGGUUCUGAGUGCAUCCUGCCCCCUCCCCACCCCCCAAGGGACCUACUUGGAUCUAACGAAUAGGGUGGCGCUAAUGGGGCCCCUAAGUGCAUAUCGACUGUGCCAAACCCCUUCUUUCCCUUGGGCAUAUAUUUUAUUUUUAUUUUUUAAAUUUAGAUACAUACAGUUUAAAUUAACCACCUUUCCCUAAUUGCACCUUGCAAGCUUCUGCUAGUAAGGUCGGGAUCUUUCACUUCCGAAAGGCUAGCUUGAAGUUCAGUGGCAAUCAUAGUAAUAAUAAUUAAUAAUAAUAAUAAUAACAGCGUGAUCACCGUUAUUAUGCGCGUUCGACUUAUCGCCGUGCUGCAAAACCAUCUUUUGCAACUGUGCCAAACAGAGCGUUAAUCUAUCGAUUUUCCUUUAAGGAUGCUCACCACCAGAGCUAUAUUCCUUCCCCGUCCCCGCCCCCACCGCAAGAGGGGGAGGGACAAGUAACUUAACCAGCAUUGCAUCACUUGUUUGAGAGAAAGGGAGAAUAUCCGAUGUAUGGUUGGUGCAUCUAUCUAUCUAUCUAUCUAUCUAUCUAUCUAUCUACAUGCAUAUAUAGAUACGUAUAUAUACAUAUUCUGAACGCACCCGAUUCCAUAAAUAUUGGAUAUGGGCUAAAAAUUGGAUCCUGGAACUAUUAUCCAUUAACCAUCAACCUUUUGCUAGGUGAAGAAUUCUUCUGAUCAUCCUGAAUCAUAGCUAAUGAUUGCUCUUUGCUCAGGGGUGGUGGUGCUAUUUGCCAUAAACUCUAAACCCCCCCCGCCCCCGCGCACCAGCCUCCUAGUUUCGGAGUUCUUCCAACUACCUGCAAUGUCAUCCAGUCCCUAGAAAUGGGUUUCCUUCCAAAUAUAGGUCAACAGUCGUAGCCCCCCUCCUCCCCGCACCUCAGUCGCUAUUAAUAUAUUUAAGCCCCACCUUCGUUUCUAUAAUAAGAGCUCAGCUGGAGUCUCCACGAGGAGGUGGGGGGGAUUUCCUAAACUCUGCCCUCUCCGCUCCUCUUCCCCACCUCCUCUUCCUCCUCCCCAUUCUUCUCCCGCGGCCUGAUUUUCCGCACGUUUAGGAGAUUUAUCCGGGCCAAACGGAAGAGCGGCGGCGUCCGCCGCGAUCUCCAGCCGACCACCUUAAAUCUGACUGCACCUUAGGAGGGUGCUGACGCGCGCGCCGCGCCGAGGCGCGCGAGCCUCCCUUAACCAGGGACAGGCCAGCGCGCGGGGCUUGGGGAGAGUUCAGCGCCCGAUCCCGCCUCCUGCAAGGCGAGAGAGAACGAAGGCGAAGCGCAAAUGGAGAGGGCAAGGCCAGCGGCGAGGAAGAGGGGUGCCAUUGUGGGCGACCUCCUCCUCUGCUCCAGUUCCCAGUCUCCUUCCAUCAUCUCCCACCCCACCCCCGCCUCCACCUCCCCAUACGCGCACACUUUCCUCAUCUGCCAAGACGCAAGAACUGGGGGGUAGCUGUGCGGCGGCCAGUCCAGCCCAUCUCGCAUUUUCAGCUCCACUUACUCCUCUUGUAUCGAUCGCAACGGCUAGAAUUUCAGUUUGUAUCCUUUUGAAAGGCGGCCGAGGCGGCGGCGGCUGCUGCUGCUGCCGUCUUCUGGUGCUGCUGACUUGCUGUGUGGCGCGGAAGCUCCAGGAACAGACGCCCCCCCCUCCCGCCUUCUCCCUCUCUCCCUCUGUGCGCGCAUCCCCACAGCACGAGCCUAACAUGUUAUGUCUAGAUCUUCUUAGGCGAAGUCAAUCAGAAAAGCAAUCGCAAGUUCCUUCCUUCUCAAGAGAGCAUGGGACGAGCUUGGGAACAGGGCAUAGAUGCAUAUGAGCAAUUGGGGGGGGGGGCGCAGCAAGGAGGAGAUGCCGGCCUCUGUUGCUCGGCUCUAGGUUGCUUCUCUACACACGACCCCCCCCCCCUUCCAGCCCCGCAGCCUUCUUCCCAAGCGCCUUGGGGUCUCUCUCUGAGCGCAGAGCGCAGAGCAAAGCUUCCCUUCCUUCUACUCGGCUGGCCUCCUUUGCUGCAUUAGCUAGCAGCGUUUGAACUUCUGACCUUCUGUCAACUUCCCUCAGACGAAAGAAACAGAAAAACAACAUCACACACACACGCUUCGCAGUGCCUCUGAUUCCCUUGUAUACAAAGGGGGCACCUGGGAAUGCGAGGUGCGGAGUGUGUGCGCAAUGGGAGGAAGGGCAAGGUGAGGAGAGCUGCGCCCGCCAGGCGCCUCAGCGAUGCCACUCGUCCAAUGGACUUGGAAGGACGCUGGGUGGGGAUUUCGAGGGUGGGGGUGAGACUUUUGGGGGGUGGGCGGGUUAAAAAGAGAGCAAGAACCAAGCAGUAGAGUGGGAUCCCCGUUUGGGUGGGCCGGAUAAGCAGACCUCGGUGGCCAAGUCCGUCGAGGCGGAGCGCAAAGGCCGCCUCGAGGGCAUCCGCGGAAGCGAAUCUGCUGCGACCCCAAGUGUGGAUGCGGCGCUGCAGGUUGUGGGGAGGGAGGGGUAGAAAGCGUGGGCCGGGAUGUGCCUUUGAGAUGCAGAAUGUCACUAUGAAUUGAUCCCAGUCUGGUGGGUCACCUCAUCAGAUCUGUUCCCCCACGCCUUGCCUCCUGCUUCGUCCCGGCGCAGCCGAGAUUCAGCCGAGCAUUCGCCUGCUCCUUUCAACCUAGGGGGGAAGAAAGGGGGGGGAGGCGCGGGGCGGAGAGGAGAGAGAGAGAGAGAGAGAGAGAGAUCUGACGUCCUGGACGGAAUUGUUAAACUUUCAGAGCAGUUGCUUGAAUGCAUUAGCCGCUGGUUAAUAUUAACUCCGGGAGUGGGGAGGGGGAGAAGAGCGCAAACAGAGAGAGCUCGGAGCUGGCGGGUGAUUCCUAAGUUUACAGGUGACAGAAGCUCUUGGUUGAAGGGCUCUCCCCACCCCGCCUCCCACACCCAGCCCUACACACACACACACGCGGCCAGCCAUUGGCUGGAUCUGCAGGCAAGAUAAGGGUGCCAGCUCUUUUAUGAUAAAGUUGGAAUUCGUCUGAAAUAAUAAUAAUAAACCCCAGGGGAGCCGUUAAGGAACCGCCGCCCCCUUCAUAGCUCCCGGGAACUCUGAGCUCCCGGGAGCCAAAGAGAGGCACGCAGACCUAGUCUGGAAGGUCGUUCUCGCAGCCCGAUCCUAUGAAUAUUUACUUGGAAGUCAGUGCCACCGAGUUCAAGGGGACGGGGACUGCUGUUUACCGGGAGUACGGUAAAUCCUACUGAGCUCAGUGGGGUUUACUUCUGAGCAGCGAUAUAUAGGAUUGCAGCUUUACUCCCAAGGGUUGCAGAUUUUCGCAGCCCGGGACUUUGUCUGUUUACUCGAGAGUAAAUCUCACACAGAGUGGGGCGAGGACGGCUCCCCGCAGCCUCGCUAUGAAGGUAUUGACUGGUGCAUAGGAGCGCGAUCCUAUGCCUACCUGCCUACUCAGAAGCCACCGCCAGCGGGGCUUACUCUCGGGUAAAACGAUCGCUGCCUGGCUUGGGGAUAGGCAGGCACAGGAUCCCGCUGCGGCGGGGCCGACAGGUGCCUGUUCGAAGUGUGGGUCGGCUGGCUGGGGGGAAAGAGGGAGGCGGCGGGCGGCUUGUUGAGCCCCUCGGCCAGGCCCCUUUGGCGUGCGCGCGCAGACGCACACGGCGCCCACCGACGCGGUCCUGCUGCGCUUCACGGUGGCUGAGCAGAGCGGGGCUUGAUCGGCGGCACACGACCCGAUGAAUUAAUAAAUAGCUGAGGCUUCACGGCUUUUGACUCUGACAAUCCCGGCUCAGCCGGUCUUUCCCUCCCCCUCCUCUCUGCGCUUGGCAAGGAGGCUGCUCGGAGCUGCCAGAGAAUCCCCGAAGCUGCCCUUUCCUCCCUGCCGGCCACCGCGCGCCCCGUCCCUCCAAGGCCUCCCGUUGAGAAUGGAAUCUGCCCUGGAAGUUCAGGUGUCUGGGCUCGGAGGGUGUAAGAUUUUCCUUACGCCCCCGCCCCCCCCCUUUCAGCCUAGCCUGCGAUGGUCAAAGUUUCAGGUCCCCACCUCCCCUUUCUGUCUUUCUGUCUUUCUUUCUUCCGCGGUGCAAAGGGAAAGGAAAGAGGCGGAAUGCGCCACGACCCGGGCCAAGCUGCGCAAGGAGUUUGCACCAAGUCUGGGCACUUUCUAGUCAUUGCGUGAUCAGCUUCUCGCCUCUCCUUCCACAAUUAUGAUAACGGCGGUGAUGAUGUCACUGUUAAUACAAAGCCCUUCCCGGCAAUGCUAAGCGGUGGCGUUUUGCUCGUAGGAAGCGAAAACCUAGGCCUCGGCUGGCUGCUCUCUCUCUUGGAAAGGCUGGAACAGACGCGGGAGAAGCUCCUUCUGAGCAGCAGAAACGCCCCCCUCCCAAAACAAAAAAACAAACAAACAAACAAACCAACAACACCCCACCUCCCUCCUUUCUGAAGGACCUGAAAGGGACACUCAUGUCCUUUGCUACUUAUUGCAAAGUUUGCUACUUAGUGGACGCUCUCUCCAAUGUAGGGGGGAGGUGCUUUUCCCCGAAGAAAGGCAAAGUCUUUUUAAAAUUCGGAAUGCACAGAAAAGCGGGUUGCCCGGAUUGUUGUUAUUUAAUUGGGGGCAGAUUAUACAUUUUCCAUGUCUGGAGGGGGGAAAAGGAAAAAUAUAAUCGAAAGAAUGGCCUGUGUUUUGGUAUGUGUCUUUGGACUUUUCUCUGUCCUUCAAGCAAUCUCUCCUCCCCUGGCCAAUCCAGGCCUGUGGCAAAGCUUCUUGGGGCUUCGAUAGCUAUAGUGAGGUCGGGAAAGCAAGCGCCAGGAGGUUCCCCGGCUGCCGAUUGCAGAGAGUCAACUGAGGGGUUGUAGGGCUGUAGAUGACGCAGAAAGACCUCGGCCAAGAAUCCCUCCCACCUGGGGACAGUCAGAACCUGGGACCUUCUGCAUUCAAAGCAGUGCUCUUCUGACGACCUACGGCUCUCUGUCUCUCUCCAUCCCUAAAAGCAGCCGAAGAGCACCCACAGGCAUUAGCACCCAAAUGGGCCCCAGAGAGCACAUUCAGCAAUAUCUGCUGAGCAAGAUGCAGGAAGGAAACGGCAGUCUUGACACUUGCCAGUUGUAUUAGGUUAGGAGGCCAGUAUAGACACUGAGCAGAAUCCAGUGGCGCAGCGGCUCUUGGAUUUUAUAAUCUCAGGCUACAGGUGGGGGUUUGCAUGUUUGAAUUUCCUCCGCACAAAAGGGAAAUAAUCUUCAUGCAGAUAAGAAACAGCAUUUCAGGAAGAAGAUGGGUUUGGCCUGGUCUUAUUUUUUUCUGAGUGCACAGAGAGGUUUUGGUUUGUUUGGAGAAAGAAGCCGUCAGACCUGCACAGAACUUCAGCUUGAAGUGGCACAGUCUAGCAAAGGCUUUGCGGUUGCAACUUUAUUCUGAAUAAGGUGGUAGGCAGAGUAGAUCCAAGAGCAGAAAAUGUGGGGCUGAGUCCUCAAUCCUGCGUAGCAAGGGGUAAGUCCCUUUGGCCAUUUGUGCGCUUCUGACUGAACCUUGGAAUCAAUGCUUUUGAUAUAUCGGAAAGCUUAACUUUAUAGAAAGUUAGCCUUCCGUCAGUUUGCUUCAAAAGCCAACCCCACCGAAAUAAACGGGACUUUCCCCACUUAGCACCCUGAUCUUAACCUCAGUUCUGCUUGGGAGUAAAAAUAUUAGGAUAUGGGAUGGCCAGUCCCAUGGACACCUGGGAGGAUUCCAGCAGCUGCUGUUUUAAGCGUACAAAGGGCAGGACCCUAGUAGGCAUGUCUACUCUGAAGUAUGUCCUAUUGUGUCCAGCAAGGCUUACUGCCAUGUAAGGAUCACAACUUUUACUCGCAAAUAGGUUCCUAGAAGGCGAAGCUAACUGGUUUCGGAGUACACGCAUUUAGAGGUGUCCUCCUGGGUUAUCAGAUAACCGGGACUGUUGGUAAGGCUGGCCUUGUGGGUGCGUUUUCCAGUGGGGCAUAGCUUAAGCCAACCUCUGCUCCCACCUCUUUCUCCCUGGGGUGCACCUGCUUGUUGUCCAAGGUUCGUUGUUUCAGUCCUGGGACUCCUAUCUAAAAGGCACAUUUUUAAACGUGCGGGUCCGCGCGUGAGUUUCUAGAUCCCGUUGGAGCAGCUGGAUCCCGUUGGAUCGAACACACGAGAUCAUGAGAUGCGGGGAGGUACAGAAGGCAAUUGUGUCCCUCGGUAAACUUCGCUCGGCUGCCAGUGUGGAGAAAGGGGUCUUGCCCUCCCGCGACACACUAAAAGCAUAAGGAACGAACACCCGUGGCGCUUGGAAGGGCCGGGGACGCGAGUGGGAAGCGUUGCCGGGGCUUCCAUACUCAAUUCCGCGCAUCUCCAGGGAGGGCUGGGAGAGCCUCUUGCUGAAAUUCUGGGAGAGCCACUGCCAGUCAGUGUAGACGGUAUGGAGCUACAAGGACCCUCAGUGUCAGCUGCUUCCUAUAUCACCACGUUCCAAUUAUGGGAUCCAAAAUUAUUCUUCUUGGGAGAUUCCAGCGUAGGGUGCCUGUGAGCGAUCCUCGGGGCAGAGAUUAGAGCCUAUGCGUACGUUCUCCGUGAUGGGUUAAGGGUUAAGACCGCAACUCACACACACACACACACACACACGUUUCGUGCAGCUCGAUCCUAUCCACGUUUAUACAGGAGCAAGUUCUACUGAAGGACUUAUUCCCAAGGAAGUUUCCACGUGAUCCACAGCCUCCUUUUCAUGCCGUGGGUCUCUGCCGGGUAGUUCCUGCUCCCGUCUUUUCUACCCACCUGCUUCUUUGCCAGCCCCAACUGGAGCCUUUGCUCGCAAAACCGACUUGCGAUGUAUCCUAAACAGGCAGAAACGUUCAGGAUGAAAUCAUGGGUGCGCACGGGUUUUUCCUCCGUAGUGAGUGGGCAGAGGAGAUGGCUUAAGAAGUAAAUAAGUCUUGUUGGUUUUCGGAGAGGUGAUGGGAAGCUUUAAGGCCACGGUCCUAAGACCGCGAUCCCCCCCUUCCCGGUUUCGAAAUCAACACGGUUCUUUCUUACCUCCACUUCCGGAAGAGAUUUUCUAAAAAAAUGUUUGCGAUGGAAUGCUUCGGUCACUGGAGGAUACCACCCACAAAACAUCUGUGGAUCGCACCUUUCUCCCCGCCCUGCCUUCUAAGAUGUUCUCAUAUUCCAUUCGCUCUGCUCUCAAACGCUCCCUAGAAAUAAGCAACGUGGGUAUGGGUCUAGUAAAGGUGUGUGUAUGUGCGUGCGUGAGUCAAUAUCCUUGGCGUGGGAGGGGGGUGGGCUUAGCCAGUUGGGGCACAGGCCGGGAGACACGGGUAGCCGCUGGGAUGGUUGCCAUGGAUGCCUUUGCAGUCUGAGUCUUCCUCUUGACUCUGCGUGGAAAUCCGGGGUCCACGCAGAGUGGGAGAGCGCACCAGCGCCCAACAGCAGCGAGACUGCUGUGGGGUGGGGAGGGAUUGGAGCCCAUUUAGGGGUGCAAGAGGAAGAGGAGCUAUCCUAGCUGACAUCCCUUCCGGAUCCUGGCCUUAACAGAAGCGCACCAGAUCGAUAUCAAUGAGUGCACCGAUCUGGUUUAGGGUUGAAGGAUGGAGAAUCUCCACCAUGUUGUUGCAGGGCUCCAGCUCCCAUCACCCCCAGCCAGAAUGGCCAGUGGCGGGGAAUAGGGGGCCCAGCAGCUCCUGGGGGGCCCACAGGUUCCCCAUUCCUGAUGCGAGGAGUAGGGAAGCGAUAUGAUUCGGGUACCGGAGCGCUGUUUAACCCUUUGCAGCCUUCGCGCGUCUCCAGAAAGAUGCGUGCGGAAGGGAGGUGUGGAUGGGUCGCUGCUGCUGCUGCUGCUGCUGCUGCUAUUACCACCCUGGGAUGGCGGGAGUGGGGAAGCAGGGAGCGGCUGGCCUUCCUUUCCUCCCCUCGCGAUACUCCUGCGCUCUGCUUGACCCCCCCUCGACCCCCCCCCCCUGCAGCGCUGCAAGGAUAAGCUGAACGCCUUGGCGAUCUCGGUGAUGAACCAGUGGCCUGGCGUGAAGCUGCGCGUGACCGAGGGCUGGGACGAGGACGGCCACCACUCGGAGGAGUCGCUGCACUACGAGGGCCGCGCCGUGGACAUCACCACCUCGGAUCGGGACCGCAGCAAGUAUGGCAUGCUGGCGCGCCUGGCCGUCGAGGCCGGCUUCGACUGGGUGUACUACGAGUCCAAGGCGCACAUCCACUGCUCGGUCAAGGCCGGUAAGAAGGGGCUGGGGGGCGGCUCAUUCGACUCGGGAACCGACCCUUAACACCCCCUCCCAAUAAAUAUAGAUGUUGCUGUGUUAUUAACCUCUUAGCAGCAUUUCACAAUAAUCAUAGCUUGGUCCCCAAGACGUUUGGAUGGCGCCUUGUGCGCUUCCUUCGGGUAACUCCUGCAGCCAAGCUGGUGCCAAAAAUCUUGCUCUGCUUUCCUUUGGACGCAUCAGCGACGUCCAAGGCUUGUCGCCCGGGCAGCCCAGGACCUCCAGACACACUGCCCAGGCUUGCAUCCCACUUCAGUGCCGCUAAGGCAGUGGUUCGACUUCAAACCGCGCCCCCCCAAACGCACUCCAUUGUCUCUCUAUAGACAGACGGAUGCCAACCACACACAUAGCUUGGCCUGUAUAGAAAGAGAAGGGGCAGUGCUAAGAUCCGACUCCUAGUAGUAAGCAGGUAGUAAGUACAGUAGUAGUUCACAUCUGUUUCUUUAUUCCAAACAACAUAGCAGGUACUGUAUAGAUCACGCAGAAGGGAUUGGUCUUCGAUCAUAACAGCUUGUUGUAACUGUUGCUGCUAGUAGUAAGCAAAUCCUAGUAUUAGUAGUACUUGACAUUCACUUUGUGCCAGGGACAUGCUAGUUGAAGUAUUGAAAAGGACUGGUCACUGGAUCUCACAGCCAACAAUUAGUCCUGCUAUAGACAGUUGCGACAACUAUAAUUAUUUAGGAUUAGUAUUCCCAAUACUGCUUACUCUGUAUUAGGGGGAGAAGCAAGGAAUGGAGAGGUGGAACAACCCCUGGCAAUUGGCCAGAUAAUUUAAGAAGCACCAGUGGAGCUAUAGCAUCUUAAAAGACAAAGAGCUUUGUUGUGAUGUGUGAUUUCAUGGGCAACACAACAGGCGUAUCUUAACCCAGCAUACUGUCACAAAUAGUGGCAAGACAAAUGCCUCUGAGAAACUCACAAAGUGGGUGUGAAGGUGUUGAGCUAGCCCAGAGUCAGCAAUCCACAGGUAGGCUGCCUUUACGUGUAGAGGUUUCUGCUUAGCUAGCAUGGCUGGUCUGCCAAGCCACUGGCAGGCCCAUUCUCCACAAAUCUGCCAAAUCCUUGGUUGCUGGUGUCCAUCAACUUGACGUCAUUGUGCCUUGUGUGGAGAACAAAUGGUGCUUAGGGCAGGACUGGGGAAUCUGUGGCUCUCCAAACCUCAUUGGACCCCAGUUCCCUUCAGGCCUAGCCAGCAUAGCCAAUGGUUAGAGAUGCUGUAGUCCAGCAACAGCUGGAGGCCCACAGGUUCCCCAACCAGGCUUAUGGAGAAGUGGUGGCGGCUGUUGUCCUGUGGAAAUGGUAGGGCAGAAGGCAGGGAGCCCAACCGAAGUUGGGAGCCAGAGCCAAUGAAAGGAGAGCUGACUGGUUUUGGUCUCCACUGUCCUCUCUGCUGAAUUGUACAAGCCCAAUGCUGAGGCUGAGGUCCAGGCAGUGUCACCUGCUGGGCUGGGUGUAAGAAGGCAAGCAGAUGGGCCGGGAGGAAUCAAGGCUGAGCUUGGUGGGGCAGGGCCCCAAUUGCCCUAAUGGACAAAACUCCAAUGUGAAGUCUGCAUUGAAUAUCCAUUGAACCCAUAAUGUAAGGGAGAAUCCACCUCUCACAGACGGAUCUGUCCUUCAUUGCCAUGGGAAGACCUUGCCCCAGACUCCAUCCACUGAGAUGUGGCUCCCACCCUCUUCUGGAAACUACCAGAGAAAAGGCUAUCCCAGACUUGCCUGCCAGAUCUAAAGGCUGCAGUCUUGCUGCCCACUUGAAGCCCGCUCCAUUUAAGUCAGUGAGACUUACUUCCAAGGAAAACUGUCUAGGAAUCUGAAUACAGAGAGCUCCUUGAAAACCUCUCUCCCCAAGCCAGUUAAGCCCUUUGUUUUUCUACUUCCAACUCCUGAGUACAGAAUCUGCGCAGCAGUCUUGUUUGCAAGCAACAGCAUUUUACUUUCCAGGACUGUGUUUAGACAGGGAGAUGCUGGGUUCUCACUAGAAGGAAGGAGAUUAGAUCCCACGCACCCUACCCUAUCCCGAGGAAGAGUCAAAGCGCACUGGUCAUAGGCCAGGCUUGCCCCUAGCAGUCAGGAUUCCUUCUCUGCUGAAUCACUGGCAAAUGCACUUGAGGCUGCGAGCCAAAGUUGCAAGAUGGAUUUAGGUGCAGUGAGUGAGAGAGGCUGGUUUCGAAGGGCGCAGGCUUCCAACUCAGCGUGGCUACAACAUGGGUCGCCAUUGAUGCAGUUUAACUCACUCCUCAGCACACUUUUAACUCCCUGGGAUGCGGGUGGCACUGUGGGUUAAACCACAGAGCCUAGGACUUGCCGAUCAGAAGGUCGGCGGUUCGAAUCCCUGCAACAGGGUGAGCUCCCGUUGUCCGGUCCCUGCUCCUGCCAACCUAGCAGUUCGAAAGCACAUCAAAGUGCAAGUAGAUCAAUAGGUACCACUCCGGCGGGAAGGUAAACAGCGUUUCCGUGUGCUGCUCUGGUUUGCCAGAAGUGGCUCAGUCAUGCUGGCCACAUGACCCGGAAGCUGUAAGCCGGCUCCCUCAGCCAAUAAAGCGUGAUGAGCGCCGCAACCCCAGAGUCGGCCACGACUGGACCUAAUGGUCAGGAGUCCCUUUACCUCUACUUUACAGCACACUUUUAACUCCCUGGUGAGCAUCAGCGAGUUGAGCUGGCCUAGCGUUCAAUUUAUCUGGAGUAAAUGUAACUGGAGUAGUAGUGCAUUGCUGCACCUGUAGUAAGAUUAGAGGCUUGACAAUCCAAUUCCAGCUCCUUCAGACUGUCUUAGAACUGGCUCAGCCCUUUCAGGCCUGACCUAGUUAGUUCCUUGGGAUUGUAAGCAGCUGGCACCCCCAACUCAAGCCCAUCCGUCGCUUCAAAUGCAAACAACUCUCAGGCAGGGACAGCUCAGUCGUUUGCUGCUCAUCCUUCAGUCUUGCAGGCAAGCCAGGUUUUCCAAAUACUCCGGAGCAAAUGCAACUUUGGCACUGGGAUUUGGGGAUGGGGGGUUGGGGCGCAUCCCCUUUGUGGCUCUUCUGGGAAGAAGAAAAAGAGUCUAGUAAGAAUUCUCAAGUGUUUGACUCUCCAACAGGCAGUGCGACCCACAAACUAAUUUACCCGGCACAGUUGCUCUUACAUAGGGCCAGGUCUGUUUUCUGACAGACAGGGUGUGCCAAGACCCCGUUUUCUUUCGCAACGAGCUGGAAGAGGCCAAGUCCUGUGUCGACUGGAUUUCAAAUGCUUUCCCACCACGCCUCGCCCUAUAUUCAUCCUAAAAUAGGUUAAUUAGUAAACCUCUUCCUCAUUAUUCUUCUUGUUCCUGCUUCUCUGUCAUCUGCCAUAAAACCACCCUAGUUCCGAUGAAAAAAAAGUUGUUUUCUCAAAUCCGGAUUGUAAAUCGGCACAUUGACAUGAAGCAGAUUCUUUUAAUCUGGAUCACAAAUGGCCACCGUUUAGAUGAGCCCAAACCUACAGGGUGUUGGGGCCACACACACACACACACCCUCCACACACCCCUUCAGCUUCGUUCUUACAAUCCACCUGGCGGUACUGGGAAUCCCCCGUGCUUGCAGCGCCACCUGCUGGUCCGGCGGAGAAAUGCACGCAUGUGGCCGGCCCCCUCCCCCUCAAGCUAUCUGCAUAAAUUGUCGCUUUUUAGCAAAACAGUUAACGGUGAAUUAUUUCGGAGGAGUCAGGCCGCUUGUUUUGCCACCUCCUCUCGUUUGUUUGUUGCCUGGAGUUUAAACAGUAGUUCAAUGGCAGCUUUCAGCUGGGGCAAAAAAACAAAAAAACCCACCACCACUUUAAACGUGCCAAGAAACACGCAUUCGCGAAAGAAAAAUAAUGAACUUGCUCUAAAUAUAUCGAUUGACAUAAGAAACAAGAGUUAACGGCGCGCCCGUGUUUGGGAGGAGGGCGGGGAGAAGCCACCCAUUUAAGUCAAUGGAGAUGAUUUCAUUGAGAAGAGGAUGGAAACAGCUCGGGUUUCUUCUAACUAGCCUCUAAUGCAGGCAUCCCCAAACUCGUCCCUCCAGCUGUUUUGGGACUACAAUUCCCAUCAUCCCUGACCGCUGGUCCUGUUAGCUAGGGAUGAUGGGAGUUGUAGUCCCAAAACAGCUGGAGGGCCGAGUUUGGGGAUGCCUGCUCUAAUGUCUAAUGAAAAGAGUUCCUAUCCCUAAAUAUAUGCUCUCCCACUUCUCCCCUUCCACACCCUCACACACAGAGUUCCAUCUCUGCCCCCAACCCUACCAUGAAAUGAGUAGGAAAUUCACUGCCCCUGUUUAAAUAACAAUUAGCAGAGGGUCCCUGCUCAUGUGCAGACAGCAUAUCCCACAUUUCUUUGGCUUCAGGCUAUGAGAGGUAACAUUUAAAAAGCCUUGAACAGCAUCAGCUUAUUUAAUUAAGCAGUGAAAACAAAGCACCUGAGCCUUACGAGGCUAGUUUACGGGAAGAAGAUGAAAAGGUGUGCGUAUUUUCAUGUAUGCGUAAGAAUAUGUGCAUAAGACAGGGAUGAGGAAACUGCAGCCUUCUAGACGCUGUUCAGCUCUGUCUGCUUCAGCCAGCCAGGCCAAUGGUCAAGGACGAUGGGCAUUGUAGUCCAAUGACAUUUUGAGAGUCACUGGUUGCCCUCCCCGGGCAGAGGACGCGCCUAAAUAUUCCUUGUUUUUUUGCCACGCCAAAAAUAAAUAAAUAAACAACUUAAACAAAGAGGCAGUGGCAGGAGGGAGGGUUAAGUUUCCUACACAGGGAAUGCUCAGGGGUACUCAUCUAUAACUUUCAGAAUCCAGCUGGAUUUAAGAACAUAAGAAGAGCCUGCUGGAUCAGGCCAUGGUCCCAUCCAGUCCAGCAUCCUAUUCUCACAGUGCCCAACCAGAUGCCAAUAAGAAACCUGCAAGUAGCUUCUGAGCACAGGAGCCACUCUCCCUUCCUGUGGUUUCCAGUAACUGUUAUUCAAAAGCAUUGCUGCUUCCAUCUAUGGUGGCAGAGUGUAGCCUCUGUGGCUAGUAGCCACUGAUAGCCCUCUCCCAGUUAAUGAUUAUUACUAUAAUUAACAACUGACCCAAAUUAUUCAUUUCCCUUCAAAAAGGCACUGGAUUUCCACCCUGUAGCUCUUGCAAAUUAUCUAUCUUUACACAUUUGUAUUGUGUAGACUUUCCCAUCCCCCAAAACCUGGCUUCCAAAACAGGAACUUAAGUCCCUACACACACACACACACACACACACACACUCAUACAGGAUAGUUUAACCAUUAUUGUGGUGCAUGUUGGGUGCUGCAGGAUCACUGGAAAUCCCCAAAGGACUUGGUGGUUUAUGUUGGACAAUGUCAAGUUUAUAUAUAGGUACCAUUUACAUCUAAAGGUGUUUGAGAUUUAGGCUGCCGCCUGGCCCUACUUACCUGCAAGUCAACCCAAUUAGAUUGGACAGGAUAAACCUCUGGGAAGGCAUGGUUAGGAUUGCAGCCUUACUCAAUCACUGAAGAGGGCAUGGAAAUGGUUGAAAUCUGGACCCAGAGUUAAUAACAGCUAGAUUGGUCCAUAACAGCAUCAAGAAGUCUAGGACAUUGCAGAUAGGAAGAAUAAUGGGCUGUGGCAAUUUCUGUUUCACAUACUUUUAAUGAUCCCCAUAGUGAGCGUGGAACAUCUUGUGGUGGCAGCCUAGAACCAUCUAUGUUUGUCCUUAUAAGAUAUACGUACAAAAAUAGUUCAGGAGAUAGAUAGAUAGAUAGAUGAUAGAUAGACAGACAGACAGACCUGUACUGUAGUUUGUAGAUUAAGGAAGAUUUUGCCAAUGCAAUGAUGUCCAGAUGUUGCUGGACUACAACUCCCAUCAGCUCCAGCCAGUGUACUGGCUAGGGCUGAUGGGAGUUGUAGUCCAACAACAUUUGGAGGGCACCAGGUGGGCAAAGGCUGAAUUAAUGAACAAAAUGGACUACUGAGUUGAUUCCAACUAAGUUCUACUUAGAGUAGACCCACUGAAGUGCACGGACUUGUCUAACUUAGGUUUAUCCAUUAGAAUCCACUCUGAGUAGAACCUAGUUUGAUUACAAACCAUGAAUUUCAGUUGGUCUACUUUGAGCAGAGUGUAGCUGGAGGCAAGCCAUAGAAUCUAGAUGGCGUGAGGGUUAAAAGGGCCUUGCCCCAAGACUCUUUCCGAGGUGAAGGACAAUUGCAGUGCAAUAAUGUGGAAUGGUAUAAUAGUGUUAUUCUUAUGAUGUAAUAGUACUUGCCAGUUCCUUUUGUCUCACUUUUGCACAUUCACUAGCUCCAAUGACACGGGGGAAACUCAGCACAUAUAGCUUUGCCCGUUGUUACAGCUCUGUUUUGAGAAAAUUAGCACCUUUUGAAAAAUUGUCCUGUCCUUCAGUUACUAGAAGCACAGGACCUCUGAUAGGGAACUGGCAGGUUUUCAUAGCAUUUGAUCUCCGCUGUAGUCUAGAACACCAUGGACACAAAAUAAGUAUUAAAUAAGUUGUUCAUUUCUAAGUAAAGGAACCCAAAUAGUUUUAGAUUAUAAAUAUUUAUUUGUAGUCUGCUUAUAUACAAAUGUAAAUACAUCAUUUCCACCUUAUAAUUGUUCAAAGGUGGAUCACAAGAUAAUGAUAAUAUUAAAAUUAGGCAACUGGGGGAACUGCAACAAAAUCUUGUCCAAGUUUGGAACUAAAAAUUCCCAUUGAUCUCAGAAUUUCUAUGGAUCUCUCAAACAUUUCCAGGUUCUCACUGAAAUUUGUCCUUCAGCAUUACUUUUUAAAUGAAACUUAGAUUUGAAGUCUUGCUCAUUUAAUCUUAAGGCACUACCAUUUUAUAUCAAGGUGCCAAAGUUACUACUUUUACUCUCACCCCCCCCAAAAAAAACCCCUUACUUCUAGAAUUUCAUGUUGUUAAAUGGAAUUAGGAAACCAUAGUUUUGAUGCCCAAAUUGUUACAUGGUGAGACCUGAAAUAGGAAAGGGGAUCAGGGGCAGAUGGGAUAUGGAGAACUUAUUAGGUCUGAUCAACAAAUCUUGCUGCAGCUUGCCUCCCAGCAUGCACAUAGCCAGGAUUUAUGUGUGUGUGUGUUGGGGGGGAAGAACCUCAGUCAGUUAAGUAUUUUUAUUGAUUUACCUGAUUUAGGGGGGGCAGCUGCCCCCACCCCCCUUUUGGCUACGCCCAUGCCUCCUAGGUCCAGUUCUAAACCCCCACUUAAGCAAUAUUUCUUUUUAAAGUUUGGUUUCUGCCAGAGGAGUCAAAUCAGCUCUAAUCCAAGUUUUCAAUCUCACCUGCCUUCUGGAGUGAAUUAUCUCUUAGCUGAGCUACCACCCACAAGGUCAACACAAAAGGAACAAUACUACAAUAAUAAAUGGUUUUAUAGGGCUUUCACAUCAGGGAAGAAUUCACCCUUGAUAGAUCUUUCAACAACCAUUUCAAGUGCUGGACUCCAAAGCAGCCUUUGCCAACUGGGUGCCCUCCAAAGAUUGUUGAACUACAACUCCCAUCAGCCCCGGUUUGUAGCAUGGAGGGUGCCAUGUUGGUAAAGCCUAAGCUGGGUGCCCAUACUCAUCUUCAGCACCAUCCAGUUCCAUCUUCAAUUCCAUCAGAAGCAAAUGGCCCCAUCAGGCUCAAUCUGGGCAUUGAGAUUCAGGGCACGCUCAGGAUUUGGGAAGGGAGGGGAGUCACUUGGAGGGCAUGUCACACGAGGUCGUGUGACUGUACAACGUGGAUUUCCCCAGCGCUGGCUUGAAUCCCGUCUGCUCCAGCUGGUUUCCAAUGGCCGAGUGCUGGUUUCAUGACUGAGAAUGCGAUGAGGAGAUUAAAAAACCAAAGCGGUCCAGGCAGGGGAGGUUCUCUGAGCUGCCAUCUCUGUUUGCAAAAAGUAUGAUCCCGGAGAUUGGAAUGCAAAAGAGGCGAGCUGCUCCCCCCCACCCCCAGGCCUGAAUGACUGUCAAGAGGGGAAAGGCACCGUAUAAGAGACAAGACGGAUCGUGGGGACCGGUGCGGGUGGGGGGGGGAGAGACUGAGAGCAAGCGCCUCCAUUUCAAUUUCAAAUACACAUCUUGAGUGUUUUGGAAAAGUGUCUUGGUCUGUGCAAAUAGCUCUUGGAAGGCCUUUGGUGGGGAGGGGGCGGCAGGGUUGUAUAGGGUCCUCUUUUUGCAAAAGUAUGCGUGUGUGAAUUGGCAUAGAGGGCCCCCCCACACCUGAACAAAUAGGGGGCCCGAGGGGGCGGCAGGGUGGAGUGUUGGAAGUGUCCUCUCUUCUGAGAGUGCCUCCCUUUUAUUGCACAGAUCAGAAUGACAAUGCUGGCCUUUUAUUGGAUUUUAAUUAGAGAACCCAAAUAAGGGCCUGCUCAAAGAAGCAGAUUUUCACACCUCCGCCAGCUUGCUGGCAUGUUUACUGAGUUGCUACACAACUGGACCUAUUCAUCAGGCCCCUCUGAGUGUGCAAAUAAAGCCUAGGCUGAAGAAGCUGGGACUUUGGGGGGAACAGGGUGGGGGCUGGCGGGGGUGGGGUGGGGAGGGAGGUUGUCUGAAGGUGUCAGGAACUUUUCUUUUUGCUUCCUCGCAAAGGGCGUCCUUGCCUCUUCUUUGGCAUGCCCCCCUCUUCGAAGAUUUCUGUUCAGUUCCUUCCCCAUCCUCCACUCCCAAGCCGGGGAGAUAAAACUGUUAGCCGAUCAAUACCAAUCUGUUUUGUUUUGUUUUUCCUAUUUUACCCCUUCCUGAGAAAAGGCAUUAGGAAAGGUUCCAAGGGUUGAUUUCGAAAUGUAAUUGCUCAGCCGGCUAGCCACAGAGGGAGCUGAGCCACUGGCUGCCCCGACCCAGCCUGCUUUUAGGAGGAAAUUUGCUCUGGAAAUAGCCCACUCAGGAAGGAAGAGGGAACUUGAAAGACAGAGAGGGAAGAUGGGUUUCAACAUCCUGGCUCCGUUGAAACCCAGCGUGGCAUUUGACUUCAGCCAGCUCACGCAGCUUAUUUUGCAAAAGCUCUUGAUGUUGGAGGGUGGGACCGUGAGGUAAUUUUAGAUACUGGACCGAAUGGUCAUAUGGGGAACCCUUGGCAAGAUGUAUCUGGGAAUCUUUCCCUAGUGCAUCUGAGCACAUUCCUUCUCACUCAGUGAGGCCCUGCGCAUCCUCCACGGACACUGCACCUGAUGUUGAGGUGGGGUAGGACACCCUUCAGAUGUUGUUGGACUCCACCUCCCAUCAUCCCUGACCAUGGACCAUGCUGGCUGGUGCUGAUGGGAGUCAGGGUUCAACAUUAGAGGGUGCCAUCUUGGCUACCCCUGGGGUAGGAAGGCUUGUACUCAUUAUCUACCAUGAUGUCUCAUGUCUGGAAAGUAUGGCAGAAGCACUCAGUUCUACUUUUUCCUUUGGAGAGAAAGCUGUGAGGGCAACUUAUGCCCACAUCCUGCCUUCUGGUGCUGUUUUCUGAGAGUCCGGGGUGUCCAGCGAUCUUCAGAUGGGUCUUCUUGGCCCACCCUUUGAAACUCUUUGUUGAAUUCCAAAUGUAUACCAGUUUAACUGCAACAGCUUUCCCAGAGGAUGGUAAGAAUUGUAGUUUUGUGCAGGUACUUGAUAGUUCUCUAAUUGAUACCCAUAGUCAUCCCUCUUCCUCUUCCUGACUCACCAAGAUUUCUGGGGAGAUGGAGUAGUCAGUCUAAGACUGCAACACUAUGCGCACUUACAUGGAAACAAAGCCACAAUCUUUUGUUUCAAGUCCCAAAUCUGCCUGCUUCCCUCCCCUUUAAUAUUUUUCUGCAGUUUGGAUGCACUUGCAAAGUGCAAUUCUGGUAAGAUCCAAACUACCUGCAACCACGUGCAAUUUUUAUAUAGAUUUGUGACAAUGCCACAAAUGUGACAUGUAUCUCAAGUCCUUCAGACACCUACUGAGAGCAGUGCCCCUUCCCUGGAAAUAAGCCCCACUGAACACCGUUUAUAUUUAUUGGUUAAUUAACUUUGUAACUCUCUUCCCACAACAAAAAGUCCUGAAGCAAUUUACAACACCAUGCAACUUACUUGUGAGUAAACACCUACAGGAUUGCACUGUUUGUCUUUGGUGUAGACAGGUUGCUGCUUCUAUGACAUUCAAGGAUGAUGGUACAGUUCUUAGGGUAUUAAGCAACCUUUGAGUCUUUCAUUCCAGUUGACUGAGAAAAGGUCUGGCAGCUGCUAACUGUUCCUGAGGCUCCCCUCUGGUACCUGGCUACCACCUUUCUUCAUCUGUCUAAGCCGGUUAACCCACAGCCAAGAGCAGCUUUAAACAUAGCAAUGAAGCUGGAACCCAGAUCUCCUUGGAUGGAAUGUUCUGACUUGUGAUAUGACUCCAUUUAGAUUGCCAGCAGAUGGGCUGAUCCAGGUGAUUCAGAAACUGUGGUCCAUGGACCACCAGUGGUCUGUGAGCUUCAUUCAAGUGGUGUGUUUCAACAAGUGGCUACUUGGUUGUGCCAAAGGUUACACCAAAAUUGUGGGUUUGGAGUUGGGUUUUUUGAAGUAGGAGAGAGAGGCACAGAGGUGUUUCGGAAGGCAGUUCCAGGGAUAGGAAGUGUUUAUGGCACCAGAUGCAUUAAAAUUAUCAUCCUGUGGUGGCCUUUCAAAGAACUACAUCCUGGUGCAUGUUAUUUCUGAAAGUCCCAGUGUGUUGGUACUCAAUAGUGGCACCAUGGAAAUGGUAUCUCUAUGUCAUGGGGAAAACACUUGUUUCCAAACAAGUGUGUUUGGGAUCAUGGCGUGCUUUUUAUGUUCUUUCUUGUCCAACUCGUGCAACAAACUGAGUAUUGACUUUGAAGUAGGGAGACUUGCUGAGUUCAAAUCCUUUUUCAUCCAUGAACUCUCUGUGUAACCUUGAGGAAGUUCCUCAUUCAUAAAACUGUAGUAUCUGUCCCCUUCCUUGGAGAUCUGCUUUGACCAUGAAUAAUUACUAAGGAGAACUUGUGAUGGACUAUUAUUAUUCCUGGUCCUAUGGAUACUAAGGAUUUUUUUUUUUUUAUGUUGUAAAAUUGGCCCAUGUGAACUAUGGUGAUCCAAAGCAAGGCUAUAUUGAGGGCACAAGGUUAAGUAUCUCCUCCAAGUUUUCUAAGGAGCUGGGAUUUCAUCUCACAAUCUCUGGGGGUGGCUGCUGUGUCCUCCGUGAGAGAGUAGCUUGACCCUGGGUGAAUUUGGGGUGUCUGUAAGCAAGAGAAAGUCCUCAAAGGUUUUUGAUCUGAAUACAAGUAUUCAGCAAGAAACAAAAACCCACAUCUGAAUCUGAAUUUGAAAACUGCUCCUUGUUUGAGCUUGAAAAGCAUUUGUUUGAGCUCUGAUGUUUAACUUCCUGGGUAGAGCCAGAGACCCACCCAAUAUGUUUGGUUUCUUUGGAGAAAGGUGUUAAAUUGUUUCAGGCAAUAAAUAUGUCCAAGGAAGUUGGUAUAUUACAGUAGACAUGGUAUUGGCUGACGUUUAUGAGAAGGAAUUGAGGCUUCAGGUUCUGGGAGAGACAGAAGACUCUUUAUUUUCUUUGUUCUCCUGCCCUUCAGUAUUGAAAGAGAAUCAGCUCAACACAAACGUAGUCAGUCAGCUCAAGACGAACACAGUCCAUUUAGCUUGGGCCUGGCCUUAUGUUACAAGAGAGUGAAAAGGCUCAUGUCCAGGCAAAAUGCAAGAACAUUCAGUCAAAAAUCCCUGCUCCAAAGAUCUUACAGUCUUGAUUUGGUGAUGCAGGGGACAAGGCAGGCUUGGGGUUGGGGGAAGGACAGGUCACAAAAUGACAGACCAGGAUAAAUAGGGUCUUUAUUUCAGAGAUGGGUAGGAAGAAAUCUUGGUGUGCGCACCUUUUAGUGGCUGCAUUCAUCUUCUCUGAGCUGAGAUAUGCCUGUUCAAACUGGGCCAGUAAUGAGUCAAAUUAAAAGUGUGCUGACAUGGGACCUGUGAAGCCAUUAGGAGGACCACAGAUUUUGUCUGCUGUUUGAAGCAAAUCCGAGGGCACAAGGUCCCUCUUCUCCCUGGCAACUGCGUUUCCAUAGUAACAGAGUUUCAGUGGCUACCGCAGAGUACAGCUCCCUAGUUUUAUACUGCCCCUACAUUAUUCCAUCAACAGUUGCACAGGUUUUAUGUACAUAUAUAUGCUUAUAAAAUUUAUCGCUCUUACACACGCACGCACACACACACACACACACACACACACACAAUGUAAGGAUUGUAGUCAGCUAAGUCCUACUCACUGUAGAACCAUUGGCAUGACUUAACAUGUCUACAGUGGUACCUCGGGUUAAGUACUUAAUUCGUUCCGGAGAUCCGUACUUAACCUGAAACUGUUCUUAACCUGAAGUACCACUUUAGCUAAUGGGGCCUCCUGCUGCCGCUGCGCCACCAGAGCACGAUUUCUGUUCUUAUCCUGAAGCAAAGUUCUUAACCUGAAGCACUAUUUCUGGGUUAGCGGAGUGUGUAACCUGAAGCGUAUGUAACCUGAAGCAUAUGUAACCCGAGGUACCACUGUAUUGACUUUAGUGGGUCCUUAAGUGUAGGUGGUGCUCAUGGAUUUGCUUGCUUUGGACGAAACAGAAAUAUGAGCCCCUACAGUCAAUGCUUUUACUGCAGUUACCACACAGCUGCACUCAAUGCCUGGUGCAAUGAUGAUGAUAAUUUAUAUCUGGCAGAUAAAUCUGAUAGAGACAGCAAAAUGACCCUAGGGUGAGAGUUGGCUCGCUGAGGUCAUUUGGCCGGCCACACCUUUUUGCUCUUUUAAGACAUUGCAGAGUGGCAAAAGAAUGUUUAGACUUUAUUUUUGAAAGGUGUGUGUGUGUGCAUUGUAUAGAUGCAGAUAUAUAGGAUGUGAUUUUUACAUGUAGACUUCAUAUAUUAGUGGGAGAAGCUGUCUUUUCUCCCAAGUAAGUUCUAAUUUUACACAAGAACAGGAGCAUUGCUUGGUACUUAACUUUUAGCAGGACUGGAGCCCUAAUCUGCAAAGGUCAAUCCUCUAUCUUGAAGAGCGAUCAGAAGAUGGUCAAUUUGAAGGACUGUCUGCUGCAUAGAUAGAGGUCCAUCAGAAGGGAGACUUGCAAAGGGCUUUAAAUUGUCCCAUCAACAGUUUCAGCACCUGGACGGCAGACUAAGCAGGGAUGGAGGUCACCUGUCCAUUUGCAAAUUUUACACUUGUUGGUGUCUUCAUUUUUUGUGCUGACGAAUCUCCUCUUCUUUGGUAAUGUGUAAAUGGCCACUCUAGCAACUUUAUAUGCAUAUAGAUUAGAUCUGGAAUUAAAUACAGUGGUACCUCGGGUUAUAGACGCUCAGGUUACAGACUCCGCUAACCCAGAAAUAGUACCUCGGGUUAAGAACUUUGCUUCAGGAUGAAAACAAAAAUUGUGCGGCGGCAGUGGGAGACCCCAUUAGCUAAAGUGGUACCUCAGGUUAAGAACAGUUGCAGGUUAAGAACGGACCUCCAGAAUGAAUUAAGUUCUUAACCAGAGGUACCACUGUAUACAGAUAAUAAAAAAUUAUUACCAAAACCAAAGCAAAACAAAUCACAGAGACAGACACAGAACCACAAACGUAUAAAUAAUAUUUUCACAGUACAGAUUUAGCUGAUGGAGUGGAGUAGGAGGCACCUAUUUAAAGUAUGAGUUGUUCUGAAGAAUAAACAGCAAAUUUAUUUGUUUUUUAUCCUCCUGCCUCAUCAAUCCUCCCUCCUAAACUUCCUUGAUUCCAACAGUCACCCAUGUAUAUUAUCUGCCACAGGAAGUAUGGCAGCAGUAUACCUUAUUUUUUGCUCUAUAAGACUCACUUUUUCCCUCCUAAAAAGUAAGGGGAAAUGUGUGUGCGUCUUAUGGAGUGAAUGCAGGCUGUGCAGCUAUCCCAGAAGCCAGAACAGCAAGAGGGAUUGCUGCUUUCACUGGAGCAACGAUCCCUCUUGCUGUUCUGGCUUCUGAGAUUCAGAUUUUUUCCCCCCUUGUUUUCCUCCUCCAAAAACUAGGUGCGUCUUGUGGUCUGGUGCGUCUUAUGGAGCGAAAAAUACGGUAGUUUUAUUUGUUGGGCACUGGAAAGGCUAACAUGAGUCUUGUGCAAAACCGUGUGUGUGUGUGUGUGUGUGUGUGUGUGUGUGUGUGUAAGUAUUGGACAGCAAGCAGCUGAAUAGUCUUCUACUGGAGUAAACAGAAGGGGUUUCUUUAAAGCCUACCAUAAUUGCAGCAGGCUGGGGCAAUUUCAAAGUAGGCCGCAGCUAGCGGGGAAGUGCUUGAAAAAAGUGUUCUGUUAGCUACAAAAGAAAUCUUCUUUUGAGCAUAAAUUUCAGUGGGGAAAGGGGUGGGGUUGUGGGUCCCGUGGGCACCAGAUGAGGUCUAUAUAGGCACAGGCGCACCUGCAAGUGCAGCACUGGUGACCCCCGGUUUAUAGGAUGGAUUUUUGCAUGUGCAAAUAACUGGUUGUUUGACAGAAGGGGAGAGCGGGCAGGGUAUAUUUGCUCAGCCUGUUUAGGAAGAUAAAUCUCCUGCAUGAACAUAUUAUGGCCUCAGACCCCAGGGUCAGUCAGGAAACCUGGCCCAAAGUGUUUGCUCUUGACCAUGGGCCAUUCAAGCACGGCAAUAGCUGAGGUGAGGCCAGCAGAUGGCUGCUCCGGCUAAGGAAUGUUCAGAAACAAGCACGCAACCCAAAUGUGGUGUGGUGGUUAAACUGUUGACUAGGACCUGGGAGACCAGGGUUCAAAUCCUCAGUCCUGAAGCUCACUGGGUGAUCUUGGGCCAGUCACUUUCUCUUAGGCCACCCUACCUCACAGGGUUGUUAUGAGGGAAAAAUGGGGAGUGGGAAAACCAUGUGUGCCACCUUUGAAGAAAGGUGGAAGAGAAUUCUAAUGACGUUUUUUAAAUUUGUGACAUAACAGUUUUUGUUUAACAAUGAGGGCUUCGUUUUAGAAUUGGAAUAUUUCUGGUUUAAAAAACAACAAUACAGUGGUACCUCAGGUUACAUACGUUUCAGGUUACAUAUGCUUCAGGUUACAAACUCUGCUAACCCAGAAAUAUUACCUCAGGUUAAGAACUUUGCUUCAGGAUGAGAACAGAAAUCAGGCAGCAGCGGCAUGGCAGCAGCGGGAGGCCCCAUUAGCUAAAGUGGUGCUUCAGGUUAAUAACAGUUUCAGGUUAAGAACAGACCUCCAGAACGAAUUAAGUACCUAACCAGACGUACCACUGUAAUAAUCAGCAGCAACUGGUGCCCUUGAUAUUGUUCCAAACAUUACCCACUUGGCAGACCAAAGCAGCACCCACACAAAUGUUUCCUUGGCUCAGGGUGGAUUUUUCAAGAUCACUAUCUACACGCUUGAAGUGUUCAUGGAAAUUAAAAAAAAAUCCCCUUUUGAUUUCUGUGAGUGGCAUUCAGCUCUGUUUUGCUCAGAGUGGACCUGUUGAAAUUCAUAGACCUAACUUAGUCAUGUUCAUUCAUUUCAGUGAGUUUAGUUCAGUCAUAGGCAAACUCAGCCCUCCAGAUGUUUGGGACUACAAUUUCCAUCAUCCCUGACCACUAGUCCUGUUAGCUAGGGAUCAUGGGAGUUGUAGUCCCAAAACACCUGGGGGCCAAGUUUGCCUAUGCCUGGUUUAGUUGAAUAGCUCCCUAUGAUUGUGAGCAUGGCAGGGUGCUUAUAGGGGUGGGGGGAUAGUGUGGAAGGCUAACUAAGGGGGGCACUUUUCCAUUAGCAAAAGAUGGAAUGCAUGGCUCAGAAAAAGGAUAGAUUUGCCCAUUCAUAUGUAUAGAUGCACAUUUAGAAAGCACUGCUAAAGCUGAAAUAUAGCUACAACACAUGAUACCACCACAAUCAGAUACCCUGUGUGUCUGAUAACAAUUACUGGGCCUUUUCCAUCUUCUCUCCCUUUUUACAGUUCUUGAUGGACUUGAAACUGAGAACUCUAAAAAAGAGUUGCAGGGCACAUGUUCACCUGGUGUUUACUUUUGACUAGAUUGCAGUUAAAUCAGCUUGAGAUCCAGGGCUAAUUCAGUCCCUCCUCCUCUCAGAAUGACCCGUGUGGUUUUUUUAGGUGGGGAGUUUCUUCCUGUGCUCCUCUUGCCUUCUAGCAAGGGAGUCUGGAUUGCUCUGAACCUCCUGAGUUGAGAUGUAUAGGGUUUCACUGUGAGGGAAUAUGUUCAUUAUAUAACUAGGUUAAACCUUAAGAGCAUAAAAACUGGCCUAUUCAAUGUACAUAUUUCUGAUUAUAAUCUUUAAAAAUGCACAGAGCAAGACAGUGUUAAGCAUUGAAUUGUUGUUGUUGUUAAGACAUUUUAAAAUAUAAGUUCAGUCAACAAAUUCCGGUCACCGGGGGCCUGUUUUUGAUUUGAUUCAUCAUAUCCAUUCACAUGCAACUCUUAAUUCAGUGAUAAUAAAAUAUUAAACUGAGGGAGGGGGGAAAUAAAUGGAUCCCUGGACGUGAAACCCUGUCUAUAAACUCUAGCUUAAGUGAGCUGAUUUUAGACUCUGGACUUAAUGCUCAUGUACAACCCCAACCCCACCCUUUUGAUGCGUUUUCCUUCACUUGCUGAACUCGAAAAUGUGGUGAACCCUGCUCUCCUACUGAGUAGGGCUCAGGACUUCGGCCUCACGAUUGUUCCCUGACAGCACCAUUGCAUAGAAAUGUGGCAACCCAACCUUAGAAGCAGGGCUGGAUUUAGGUUUGAUGAGGCCCUAAACUACUGAAGGUAAUGGGGCCCUUUAUAUGUCCAGUUGUCCUUUGUCAACAACAAAUUGUCGCUGUUUUUUGUGUUGAAUAUAUGCUAUAUGGUAAUUUAUGGACCUAAUAGGUAUCUAAAGCCAUUUGCACAUAACAAAAUAUGUACUUUAUCAAUGUAAUCGUUGAAAAGUCCAUGUAGAAUGCAAAGUCCAUGCAGAAUGUAGGCACCCUAUAUAUAGAAAUGAGCAAACUAGUGAUAUUUUAGGGAGCAGGCAAGGCCCAUUACUUACAUCACAGGAGCCUACACAACACAAAACACUGUUGCUGUAUGUAGGCUUUAUUCUAUUUGUUUUUUAUCUUAUAUUUUGGAAAUGUACAUCCAGGUUGUUUUUCCUUUAAUUUUUUGGGGGCCCCCAAGAGAGUAGGGCCUUAAAGGGACCCCUGACCAUUAGGUCCAGUUGUGACCGACUCUGGGGUUGCGGCGCUCAUCUCGCUUUAUUGGCCGAGGGAGCUGGCGUACAGCUUCCGGGUCAUGUGGCCAGCAUGACUAAGCUGCUUCUGGCAAACCAGAGCAGGUACACAGAAACGCCGUUUACCUUCCCGCCGGAGUGGUACCUAUUUACCUACUUGCACUUUGACGUGCUUUUGAACUGCUAGGCUGGCAGGAGCAGGGACCGAGCAAUGGGAGCUCACCCCGUCACGGGGAUUCGAACCGCCGACCUUCUGAUCGGCAAGCCCUAGGCUCUGUGGUUUAGACCACAGCGCCAUUUAGCUUAUACGUAAAUCUGGCUCUGCUUAGAAGGACAGCUGGUUUCACAUCCUUGAGUUCAAGCCCAGGAUAGGAGAGAAAUUCAGUUCCCUUUACAUUUUAAGUCGCCCACAGCACCAAAAUGCAGCCUUCUUUAGAAACGUUUACUUCCCUGAAUUUUGCAAUGCAGUUCUUCAACCCAAAAAUGCAUGUAUGAAGGGGCAAAGGGCAUAUAUGAAAGAGUUGCUAAAAUAGGGAAAAUAUAAACAUUUUCAAAAUGGGGUGGGUAAAUGUUAUUAAUGGGGGCAACUGCAUCCAAAGAUACGAACACUAAAAUGUUGGCUGAUUUUCACGAGUUGCAAACUGCUGCAGAAACGAGCUGAGCUUAAGAGUGGAAAAACAAGAGACAUCAAUGAAGCCAAACUGACAGAUCCUCCCGUCCCGAGUGAAAGCCAAUCUGUGUCCCCAUCGCACACCUUACACCGGCAACCCCGGGGCAGGUGUCUCCAAUGUGCGAACUUUAAAGACAAAAGGGAAAAGGGCAACGCUGCCUUGGGUGGGGUUCGCCUCCCCCGCUGCUUUUCAUUGUAAUCACUUUGUGUGAGUAGCAUCUGGGCAGCUGAGAAAGGAGGAAGAAGGGAGAGCCCCUUAACACUUUCUCUGCUCCUUCUUUCAUUCCACUGUGAUGCGUGCUAACUUCAUAGGUAAGGGAGCAGGUGUAUAAACAUGCACGGGUGGGAAAGGAACAAGGCGGGAGGGAGAUUAGAUUUCAAAGCUUCCUAGCCUGUCCUGGGAAGGAGGCAGGCAUGUUUUGCUAGAAACUCCUCGUCUGGCAUUAUAAUGCACCUCCACUCAGCCCGGCAUUGUUGCCAACGGUAGGGAUUUUCCCAGCAUUUAAUCUUUAAAAAAAAGGGAGGAGGCGUAGUUGCAAGGCUCAGAACUACACUCUUGAAUCUGGAAGCUGGUCUCCUCACCCCAGAUAUGCAGAGGUGGACCAUGGCUGUUCUGACCCAUUUUAAUUUAGCUGGUGAUUUAGCAUUUAGCCCAGGCAUCCCCAAACUCGGCCCUCCAGCUGUUUCGGGACUACAACUCCCACCAUCCCUAGCUAACAGGACCAGUGGUCAGGGAUGAUGGGAACUGUAGUCCCAAAACAUCUGGAGGGCCGAAUUUGGGGAUGCCUGAUUUAGCCUGUUCCAGUGUACCAGUGAGGAUAAAAGCAGGAAGGGCUGCGGUUGUGGCAAUAAGAGUUUUGUGGGAAAUGACGGCAGCAAGCUCUGAGAAUCAGUAAUGUGGCCGCAGCUGGGAUUUUCCCAGUCUCACCUAGGCACCGAGCAUUUAAAUACAAAAAGGACAGGCAGGAAGUAAUCAACCUGAGAUAUUUAAUACCUAUGUCCAGUGGUGAGGAGACGAGGCUUUCCUUACGCACGUUCCAAGCACUCCCUUCUUAAUUAUUCCUCUGGCAUUCAAGGCAAGUUCCUGGGCUGAUCCCUACUCAAAUUAAACCCUGGAUUUUCCCUUGCACUUAGGAAUGUAUUAGAAUCAUAAUUACAAGUAGUGAUCUAGGAGCAGACAUGGACCCAAGCCAGAAGGAGAGGGAGCUUUGCAGAAGCAGCUCCACUUUGGUGCAAGAUUAGCAGCAAGGUGAAGAAGCUGCAGGCCAAAGUGAAGGCAUCUGCUUGCAGGGCCACCUGAAGGCCCAUUGGCCCAUAUAUACGAUAUCUUUGUUGUCAUUGUCCCAGGCAGAAGAAUGAAAUUGAAAAACUACAUAAAACAUUCAAAAACCCCUAAAAACCCUGAAACCCCAUUUUAAAAUACACUAUACUAUAGAGACCCCUUGUGCUGCGUUUAGAACCAGAAUUGCAUUUGUGUAGAAACUGUUUCUCAGGCGGCUAGUCCUGGCCUUUAUAACCCUAUACUGGAGAGCCAGUGUGAUGUAGUGGUUAAGAGUGGUGGACUCGUAAUCUGGUGAACCGGGUUUGAUUCCCUGUUCCUCCACAUGCAGCUGCUGGGUGACCUUGGGCCAGUCACGCUUCUCUGAAGUCUCUCAGCCCCACUCACCUCACAGAGUGUUUGUUGUGGGGGAGGAAGGGAAAGGAGAAUGUUAGCCGCUUUGAGACUCCCUAGGGUAGUGAUAAAGCAGGAUAUCAAAUCCAAACUCUUCUCUGCUUCUCUUCUUAUACCUUCUUCCAGAAGGCAGAAGCUGAAAGAGAUCAUUUCCGGGUGCGUACUAUCCUGCGCUAUCUCUGCCGCUUUCUUAUGGUGCCUGGCAGCAUAGAUUUGAUCUAAGGUGGGAAGAGUGCACCCAAUUAUUCUCUCUGCAGUCUUUACAACCCUGGACAGCAUUGUUUUUUCCCUGGCCGUGCAGCUCCCAAACCACACACACAGACCAUAAGUUAAUACACUCUCCACAGUGCAAUGGUAAAAUGCCAUCAACAGGUCCCAUCACUCUCCUGCUGCAGAGCAGAGGUCCCCCAAAGGCUCCUGCACCUGUUAUCUCGCUCCCCCACACAGGGGAUGCAAUAGAAGCAGCAUAGUGCAUUUGUUGGAGUCACACAGAGCCUCUGCCCCAGCCACAAAAGGAUGACUGUGCUCUGCUGGAGGGGAUUGAAUGGCAAUACUCUUAGUCAGGGACCAUUUUCAGGAAGGAGUAGUAAAGGAGGAGUCAGCCCAAUUCUCUUAGUGAGCUGCCAGAAAGCCCUUUUCAUCACAAACGUCAGUCCUUCCCAGGGCCAGCUCCAGGUUUGACGGGAGCCCUGAGCAAAGCGACAACAGUGGGGCCUCCUGCUGCGUCAGUGUGUCGUGGUGCGCUCUGGUUGUGGUGGCAGCACUUCAGGCAAUGCUGGGCUGGAUCUAGACACGUCCAGAAAGCGUUUCAGGAAAAUGCGUUGUAAACCUCAAAGUGGGAUAUAUCACUUGGCGAAAGAUGGAACCCCACAGCGCCAUCUGGUGUCACAGUGUUAUAACACAUAUAAAAUGCUUUUUCUUUACUAAUGUAGCUGGCUUUACUAAUGUAGCUUACUAAUACAGAUGGCUGUAUCUAACCACCCUUUGAACUUCCCCAGUGCUGUAGUCUAGAGCACAGGUGGGGCACCUUCCCCACCAAGUGGUGUGUGGUACCAGAGGCAAAAGUGAGCUGAGCAGCCAAUGUAUCUCUUUCCAGUGCACCGUAGGCUGGUUUCUACACAAACUCACUCUCUCCUCUCUUUCCUCCAUCCUCACCUCCAGGAAACACUACUGAGUUCAAAGACACAUUCCAGGCAACCACAAACACUCAAAGAGGCAGGGCUGACUAGAGGGAGAGUAUGGCUUGACCUCAGGAUCCUCCGGCCAUCAGUCAACAUUCUGUGGCCUCUGAGGACGCUCGGCCCUCAUUUUUCAAAAUACCUAUUUUAUUGAUUUAUCAGAAACAUAGAAUUGUGGGGGGGGGGGGUUAGAUUCCCCCACUUUUUAGGGUUCCUUCCCUACCGAAUUUAUGUACUUCUGCAAAUAUUGGGUACCCCUCACCCCACAAGCCUGCUGAUAUUGCCCACUUGUGCGUGGAAAGUUCCAUUUUUGAUUUGUAAGAAUUGGCUCUCACAGCCUGAACAUCAGAAACUCUUGUUUCUGGCUUUGAGGGACAGAAAAACUUGCAGCCAGGCUAUCUUGUAGGAAAUAUCUUCAGCUGUGCUUUGUUACCAUCUUGUUGAGUAAUAUUUUUUGGUUUUAAUGCUGUUGUUGUGCUUUACUGGAAUAUUUGUACCCUGUCUUGGGAAACUUUGCGUUGAAGGGCAGUUUAACAACAACAACAACAACCACAACAUUACUACUAUUAUUCUCAUCACCACCUUACUAUUAGAGAAGCCACAGUAGAAUUAGUUCCGAUGCUUCCAAUGUUUAUUUUAAAUUGAGCCAAAUUUGAGAGGGACCUAUUGACUUUGGUGCACAUUAUAUCAGAACAAUUGGCUAGAGAGUUACAAAAGCCUGUGUCUCUCAGAUCCCUGUUCCUUGUAAAUUCAACUGCGUUGCACCAUGUGAUGUCAUAGAAAUUGUGCAGAAGGAGGAGCUAGAGAGAUACAGGGUGGCGACAGUUUAGUAUCCCUGAUAACUCUGAGUUUCACUUGUGUUGUUGCUAGGAAUUGCUUGCUGUUGUCAGGCUUCCGGGAACCGGCUUCCUCCCCCGUGGCACUCAGAAUGGUGGUGCUCCCAAUUAAGGAUCCCACCCGCUUCUGUCCCUAUUAAUCUACAUCACUCCUACAUCGUGUAAUCUGAGCUUGUACCCGCUGUGCUUUCUGUUCUGCCACUUUCUGAGCUCUCCAUGACUUUGGAGAAGGCAGCGUUCACUUUGGUGAACGCUGCCAAGAGACUGUGAAUCUGUUAACCCUCUCUCCCCCAGUAUUUCUUCUCCUAGCUGUUCCCCAUCCAGUAUUUCCCAGCUUCUGCCUUCUGAACUAUGUCCCUCUGCAAACCACUGAUCCAAAUCUAUACUCUCCUCCUGCUCCUGGUAAAAUUCAGGAUCCGGAUUUUGAUAGGUCCCUGACAAUUGUCCCAAUUUGUUCUGUUUCUCAUUGGUGCCCUUGCUUUCUUCUAACACUCCUUCCCUUCUUCCACCUCCAGAGAACUCAGUGGCGGCCAAAUCGGGCGGUUGCUUCCCUGGAUCGGCCUGGGUGAACCUGGAGCAAGGGGGCACCAAGCUGGUGAAGGACCUCCACCCUGGAGACCGGGUCUUGGCGGCCGAUGUGCAAGGGCAGCUGCUCUACAGCGAGUUCCUCGCCUUCCUGGACCAGGAGGAGCCUCCCGUCCGCAAGCUUUUCUACGUGAUCGAGACCCGACGGCCCCGGGCGCGCCUCUUGCUCACGGCGGCUCACCUGCUUUUCGUGGCCCCGCCGCAGAACCACUCCAAGCCCCAGCCUGUUUUCGCCAGCCGCGUCCAGCCGGGGCAACGCGUCUACGUGCUGGGCAAAGGGAGCCAGACACUGUUGCAGGCCGAGGUGCGCAGCGUGUCCCUGCAGGAAGAGGCCUUGGGCGCCUACGCCCCGCUCACUGCUCAGGGCACUAUCCUCAUCAACGAGGUGCUGGCGUCGUGCUAUGCGGUCAUUGAGGAGCAUAGCUGGGCCCACUGGGCGUUUGCCCCUUUCCGAGUCACUCACGCUCUCCUGGCGAUGCUGUACCCCAGCGGCCUCUCCUCCCCGGUCCUUUUCCCAGCCGCUGCCCUGGACGACGCCCCAGCAGGAGUCCACUGGUAUUCCCGCCUCCUCUACCACAUUGGCCGCUGGGUAUUGGAUUCUGAGAUGAUACACCCACUGGGCAUGGCCAGCUGAGGGGGACGGCUCUCCACACCCCACCUUGACCUGUCGUAAGAACAGAGAAUCACCUUAUGUCAACUUCUUGGUGUUGUGAGCCACUCUCAGCAUGGUUUACCAUGGGAAAGUGGCCUGCAAGUGAACAAUGACGAUGAUGAAAAUAGUACAAAGGGCGGGGAGGGGAGAAAACUAAGAUGAAGAAGGAAAGAAAGAGAAUGAAAGACUUUAAAACAAUAAUAAUAAUAGUAGGACAGUCCAAAGUAGACUUUAAGGAGCAGGAAGAGCCCAGGAAUACCCCCCCCCCCAGUUUAGUUGAGAAAUAUAUAUAUUUUUUAUUUGAUUUCUAUUUUGUUGUCUGUUUGAUUGUUUCGUUGUCCUCAUCUCCUGGAUAUUUAUUUGUUUGGUAUUUUGAAAUAGAUGUUUUAAAGGAUAUGAACCCGACCUUCAAGAGCCUUAAAUAGUUUCUUUGAUAAUUUAUUAUCAUGUGAACUGUACACUCAACGGGGAGAAGAAAAUUAUUUUGCAAGGCCAAGCAAAAGUGCACAGAGUUCUAUUUUUCUAUGUGUGACACACGUCCAGACUUUCCAAAAGUAAAACUUCUGUCCCUCCCAUCUGUACGUUGCUUUGCUCUUCUACAACAGCGAGUCCUGGAACAAACGAAAGACAUACUACUCCAUAGACAGGGGGGGAGGGGGUCCGUAAAUUAUAUUUUUAUACACAGAAUUGUAAAUUCAAUUUUUUUUUAGAGAGAGAGAGAUCAAUACUUAACAGUCACAUUUCAUUUUUUUUGAAAUAGUGUAAAAUAUAAGAAUAUAUUAUUUUAAUUUAAAUAGUAUCAAAUGUAAUGUCAGCUUCUGUAUUGUUUCUAAUUGUCUUUGGAAAUAUUUUGCUUUGUAUAAAAGAUAACAGCCACCCCUUUUCAACUACACUCUUGGAACGCAAGACUGUUACACACACCUUGAUUCAUUUGCAAAACUCUGGGGAGGUGGGGGAGAAACUCUCUUAUUUUUACCUUCAAAAUCAAGAAGAAGAAAUUUAUGAGAAAAUAUUUUUUAAAAAGCGCACAUGUUGGCUAUUAUGUGACAAUGGAGAAUAGUUUGUACAGAGGAGGGGGGGGAAAGGAUGUUUUGCAUUAAUAAACUGAUAAAUAACCGCUGUCAAUUUCCUAAAAUGUAUUUUUGAAUAUUUUGUAAUAGUUUUAAUAGUUUUAUAGAAAUAAAAUGUGCCAUGCACAGUCUGGUUAGUAUAUAAUAACAAAGGAU